UGUCAAAACAUUUCAGACAAACAGAAAGUGCUAAUGUUUUUACCUGGAAAUGGCAGCAAUUGAGAAAGUAAAAGUUGUUGUCCUCGGUGACUCUGGCGUUGGAAAAACAUCACUAACUUAUCUGAUAGCUCACAGUAAACCCCUAUUAUCACCAGGAUGGACAGUAGGGUGUUCUGUGGAAGUAAAAUUGCAUCGAUACAAAGAAGGGACUCAAGCGCAAAAUACUUUUUUUGUUGAGUUCUGGGAUGUAGGCGGGUCCAAUAACCAUAGGAAUACACGAAACGUUUUUUAUCAACCCACUCAUGGUAUUAUUCUGGUGCAUGACUUGACGAAUAGGAAGAGUCAAGUAAACUUGCAAAAGUGGCUGUCGGAAAUCCUUAACGAAGGCAACAGUAACCCCAACUACCAACAUAUCGAUGUGGAUCCAGAGCAAUUUUUAGGGUCAACUCAAAUACCGAUACUAGUGAUAGGGACGAAGUACGACCAGGCAGAGGAGACACAGAAGAGGAACCAGUACAGGCGGCUCGCCAGCAAUAUCGCCGAGCAGUGUGGGGCCGACGAGAUAUUCGUCAAUUGCCAUCAAGCUAGGUCUCUAGCUCCAGGUACCAGUAACGCCGUGAAGUUGACUCGUUUCUUUGACAAGGUAAUAGAGCGGCGCUAUUACAGUCGCGCGAGUCCAUUCGCGGACAAGAGGCGCCCUCUGCCGCCGCACGUGUUAACAUCCACGCCGAUCAGCGGCCGGCCCCCGCAGUACCUCAGCCCGCGGUUCUACCACAUGGACUGAUUGCCUAUGGUUGGUAAUUGACAGGUGUGUGUUCCGAAAUAUAAGACAGUAUACAGGCCAGUGCAGAUGAUGUCAUAUUAUAUCUGAUGAUAUAUUGUACUGGUGAGACAGAUGUAACGCAUUAGCACGUAGUGUUAAUAAUUACGUAUAAAAUUUACGAUGACACCUCAACAUGUGCAGUGCAGCGAACAUAUUAUAGCGUUGAUAAUUGACGUCACGAUCGCUCACCAGUAUACUGGGUUAUAUUACGGAACUUACUUUCAGUAUGGUCCGAACCAUAAGGCUUAUCACAAAAUUUCAUGCUUACAUUUUUUAGAAAUUUUGUGAUUUGCCUAAUGGUUUUAAUAAAUGACCAUGUGUAUGUAAAAUAUUUAAUACUUAUGUAAAUAAUACGAUUACUUACAUUCCUAUAAAUACACAUUUUGUUUCGUUAAUAAAUAAAAAUACAUUAAAUUAGU